AUGAUGGCUCCGUUCGAUGUCAAGAAGAUCGCUGUCAUCGGCGCCGGGCCGACUGGUCUGGCGGCCGCGAGAUACCUCUCGGCACAAGCUGCUUUUGAGUCUGUCACCGUCUUUGAACAGCAGGACGAGGUAGGCGGCGUCUGGAACUACAGCGAGCACCCGACCACAUCCCUCCAUGUGCCACAAACGGAUCCGUUUUGUCCGCAGGACCCUCCGCUUCGGCCUAAGCCUGGCGCGCCUCCCGUAUUUCCCACCCCGAUGUACGGAACACUCCACGCCAACACCAUCAAGACGACGAUGAACUACAAAGACGCGCCAUUCCCCGAGGAUACAUGGGUGUUUCCCUCUCGGCAGUCGAUUUUCAAAUAUCUGGUGGAGUACGCCAAGGACGUGCACCAUCUCAUCAAGUUCUCUCACCAAGUUCAGGCGCUUGACCUGCGGCAGGAGAACGGCAGAGACAAAUGGGACCUUGUGGCUGCUUGCACGCUCAGCGGUCGCCGGUUCAGCGACACGUACGAUGCGGUGGUUGUCGCCAACGGACACUACGACAUCCCCUUCAUUCCCGAUGUGAAGGGUAUAAAGACAUUUCACGAGGCUCACCCGUCGGCUAUAUUGCACUCCAAGAAUUACCGCAUUCCCGAGCCCUUCAAGGGGAAGAAGGUGAUCGUAGUCGGCAAUGGGCCGUCGGGGCUAGACAUCGCCCGUCAAGUCAGCCCAGUAUCAGACAGGGUGUAUUUAUCUGUACGACACCCGACUCCACCAGACAAGGUCCAUCACAUUGGCGUGACAGAGGUCCCGCGGAUUGUGGAGUUUGUGCCAGAAAAGAGGGCGGUCAUUUUCGAGGGCGGGAGGACGGAAGAGGAUAUCGAUGCAGUGAUUUACUGCACCGGCUUCUUCUUUAGCUUUCCUUUCCUCACCGAUCUCCUUAAGCCGAACGUUUUGACGACCGGCAAAGGCAUCCGAGGCCUAUACCAGCACCUGUUUCUCAUUCGACACCCAACACUUGCCUUUGCCGGGUUACUCAUCAAGACUGUGCCGUGGCCCGUGGCCGAGAACCAGGCUGCAGUCCUCGGGGCCGUUUGGUCAAACGGACUGAACUUACCAUCCGUCGAAGACCAGGAGAAAUGGGAGCUCGACCUCUUCAGAAAACGCGGCGACAAGAACAUUCAUGUGUUACUUGACGAUGGAGACGACGGUCGUCACCUCAACAUGCUGCACGAUUGGGUGGCGGAGUCAACAAAGAAAGGCAAAGAGCCCCCGUACUGGCACGAUGAGCAGUUUUGGGAGCGCGGAGUUUACUGGUCAAGCAAGCAGGAGUUUGAAAAGCGAGGGGGGACUGCGACCACGCUUCGAGAGCUUGGCUUUGUGUAUCCCGGGGUCGGGAAAUGGAGGCACGCUGCUUCGAAGCUGUAG